UCAAAUCGACUACGCAAUUUUGAGCGUGAGUGCAAAUUUCGCCGAACGACGAGUCCUGUGAAAACAAUAACAUUUUGUACAUUUGUAAAAAGCGAUUUCAUUUAAAUAUUCUAUAUUUCUGUAUCAUGAAUUUAAGAUAAGUGACUAAAUUUGUUAAUACAACAGAAAGAUCAGCAUCGAAAAAUCGAAAUGUCAGCUGAAUCGGCAGUUUACGAAGCCCUCAUGUAUGCUUGCAGCCAGGAUGCACAAUUAUUGAAACCGGCGGAGCAAAAGCUGGCUGAGUGGGAAGUUCAGCCGGGAUUUCAUUUAACAUUGGUGAAACUAUUUUCCGAUCAGUCCAUCGAUGCUAAUGUUCGAUGGAUGGCGUCGUUGUACUUCAAGAACGGGGUUCUCAAAUAUUGGAGAAAGAAUGCACCUAAUGCCAUAGCGUUCGAGGAGAAAAGCGAGAUUAAAAAAAUAUUGCUUUUGAAAUUCAAUGAACCGGUACAACCGAUUGCCGUGCAAAUAGCAGUACUGAUUGGAAACAUUGCGAGAUACGACUGUCCACAGGAGUGGAUAGAGCUGGUGCCAACGCUUGUGGAAGUGGUUCAGAACAAUGAUUUGUUGGUGCAGCAUCGUGGACUGCUAGUUUUGUUGCAAGUAGUAAAGGUUCUGUCCUCUAAACGGUUGCAAAGGGACAGAAUACACUUUGAGGAAUUGACAACAAAACUGUAUGACUUCAUACUGAACCUGUGGGAUGUUUUCACGCAACUUUUCUAUACGAAUAUUCAAGGACAAGCGGCAUUAGAGAUGUGCGCAGCAAACCUCGAGAAAGCGAUAAUAUCGCUUAGGAUUCUUAAGAAACUAACAAUCUAUGGCGUUCCUGGACCACAUCUCUCACCCAAAUGCAUGCUAUUUAUACGUGUGGUAUUCCAGCGACUGAAAGAACUAUUGGACUGCCGAUUGCGGGUGAAACAAAUUGACAAACAACAAAAUGUCAGCAAAAACCUAACCGAACAGGUUGAGAAGUUCAUUAUCAAGCAUAUGAAAUUUCUUAAUCUGUUCUUCGAAACACAUCCAGCAUCUUUUGUUGAGUUCAUUCCAGCAGCCUUCAAUUUUUCCUUUCAUUACGUCUUCCACGAAGGCACAAAUCUCAUCUUUGAGGACAACGUAAUCACAUUCCCGAACUUUGCAAUACAGUGCUUGAACCUGAUCAAGGGAAUACUCUCUCAUAGUCUGAUUAACGUGGAUGGCGACAAGGAACAAAUCAUCAACAAGGCGAAAAAUGAAUUCUUCACUCCAGAAAGACUGAGCUAUAUCUUCGAGAAGAUAAUUAUGCACUAUUUUUUGCUAACAUCGGAAGAGUUUGAGUUGUGGGACAGUGACCCGGAGAGUUACGUUUUGGACGAAGGUGGAGAUUCGUGGAAGUACAACCUAAGGUCAUGUACGGAAGCGUUUUACAUGAUUCUCUUCCAGAAGUAUAGCCCAAUGCUGAUAGUAGAAUUGCAAAAGUUCAUAUCGAAGUCCCAAUCGAUAACGUUGACCGAAUCAUCCAAUAUCAGCGAUCUACUGAUAAAGGAUUCUAUCUAUAACGCUACAGGAUUGGCUGUAUUCAACCUUUUCGAUGAGAUAAACUUCGACGAGUGGUUCACACAGCAAUUGCUCGAGGAACUAAAGUUUAAAACUCACAAUUUCCGCAUAAUCCGUAAGCGUAUUAUUUGGUUGAUUGGACGAUGGACAGGAGUUAGAUUCUCGAAAUCACUUCGACCGGAGGUUUAUCGGGCCUGUGUGGAACUACUGCAGCCCAGCGAAGACCUAGCCGUACGUCUGACAGCAUCGAAGACAUUGAAAAAUAUCAUGGACGACUUCGAAUUCGACGCCGAACAGUUCCUCGAGUUCUUAGAACCGGUUAUCGCGCUUUUGUUCUCAUUACUCAAGGAAUCCAAUGAAUGUGAUACGAAAAUGACCGUACUUUAUGUCAUGUCAUUCAUCAUUGAGAAGAUGUCGAUGUCCAUCAAGCUGGAAGUGGAAAGCCUUAUCCAGUAUCUUCCAAUGCUGUGGGAAGAAAGUCGUGAACAUGAUAUGCUACGUUGUGCCAUCAUUUCCACAUUGCUUCAAAUCAUCAAGGCGUUGUACGAAAUACCCACACCGGAACCGAUAGUCGCAUUUAUAUACCAAAUAAUCAAGAUGAGUACAAACAUAAACGAACCGUCUCAUGUUUAUCUGCUGGACGAAGGGCUAGAGCUGUGGCUAAUCGUUGUUCAGUACAGCAAAGCGAUGAACAACGACCUGUUGAAGCUAUGUGAUAAUCUGUUACCGCUUAUAGAGCAAUCCUCCAACAAUCUGCGAACGUGCCUGGCGAUAACGGAAACCUAUUCGUUUCUUUGUCCCGAGGUUUUUCUUCCAAGCUACGGAAAAGAUAUUAUCAAGACAUGCCACUAUCUUCUGUCUGAUUUACGUGCAGAAGGUGUGAUAGUGAUUUAUCGGCUUUUCCUCACGAUUCUUCGGGUUGCAAGGAAAUAUUCCAUUGAGCUACUAAGGCCUUAUCUAGUCGAAGUGUUCAGGAAAUACUAUGAACAUGAGGGAUUCCUGCAGAUCAACCAAAUUUACCUGCAAAUGAUCGCUCGCGUGCUGAUAUUGGACCAGGUGACGUUCAGCAUGAUUCUGACGGAGAUGGGAAUUCCGGAUGCGCUGGAAAAAAUUUUAACCACAUGGUUGAAUGAUAUGCCGAUAGUAGGGAGGAGCCACGAGAAAAAAUUACUGGCUUUAGCACUGACCAGCUUAAUAACGGUGUCUAACGAUAUUAUUUUUGACAACUUCAGUAGCAUCAUGACCAAUAUCAGUGAAACGCUCAAUGAUAUCACCAAUGAAGAUGAACAAAGUGGAGCGAAAGUAGAAUUUCUAAUAUUGGCUGACGAUAACGAAGAUGAAAUCGGAAUGAUUAUGCAUGGUUACGGAUUCAUCGACACGGAGAAUUUACAGAAUGAGACUCCUCACUAUGAUCGCUGUAGGAAAGUUUGCUUACAGGAUCCAAUACAUGUGAUAGUGUUAAAGGAUUAUCUCCAAAGCCAGUUGAUUGCACUAAAAUCCAGUAUUGGAGCGGAGCGCUAUCAAACAUUGCUCUCUCGAAUCGACCUUCAAAUAUUGAAGGAACUAAGUGAUUUCGUGUCACUCGGAGUACAAUUUCCUAUAUAGAAUCUGCAAUAGUGGAGGAGGAUGACGACCUUAUGCAUAGGAAGCACAUUUUUAACUCAUUGUUUGCGUAGGAUUCAUUCCAAAAUACUGUUCGUAACUCAGUGUGUUUUAGUCUUGUUCAUUUCCAUACUGGUAAUGAUAAUGCUAACGAGGUGCACUUUCGGUUUUGUUUAUCUGUGAAUUUUUGGUCCAAACCAAUGAAUGGAAUGAAUAUUCUUUUGAGGAUACUGCUGUCAGAAAUUUGUUGGAAUUCUAUUGUUACAGAACUAGAUUCUAGAAUAAAUAAAGCCUAUACAAGCCUAUACUUCUAUACAAAUACAGACCAAUAUAAGCAAAAUUAUCGAUAUUCAAUUUGAAUAUUCUAUACUUUUAGAUUGAAUAUUCAUUACUUGCUUGAAACACAAUGAACAAGGUUAAGUGCAAAGAAAAGGACAUAGAUUUUCAUUAUUUCUCUGCACUUUUAUUUGUUGAUAAUUGAGUUAUGGUUUAAACUGGUUUGCUCUGAGUCAUUUAAAAAUUGGCUUCAAAAUUUUGGUUUUUCGUGUUAAUAGUAUUCUAUAAAGAUUUGUUUUAUGUUAUGAACAUGUUAUGGGAGAGAGCGUACGCUAUUCACAUCUCUGUUAUGUACUGAUUGUGAGGAAAUUGUAAAUAUAGCUUUUCUCCAGGUAUAAUAA